UAUUCGGCAUCCAAGAAACCCAAUAAAUCUCAUAUUCAAAUAAUGCUGUCCCAUAUCCAUCGCUCAUAUCGAUCGACAGAAACAUCCGAUGACUCGACAACGCCAUUAUCAACAUUCACUCAUCGAUUCUCGUCCUGCAGCCGCAGAUGAUGAGCACGACCAGGACCAUCCUCCCUUGAUCCGACACCAGGCAGUGUGCCCUGAUCAGCAUCUUCAAUCGACUCCCUCAAGGGGCUCGGCAAUUGCAUUCACCUGGCCAGUUAUCAUAUCGGUGCCUCAAGAUAAGGAAAUGAUGUCAUUUCAUGCAAAGACUAGCUGUGGUUGACGCCUUCUGCGUGGUUAGAGUUUACGCAGCUGGGAGUGCUCUUGAAUUCUGAUCUUGAUGAUCUCGAUGUUGAUGUCAUCUCAUACGCCAGGAUGCUUCAGGACGGUGAGGGACACCACCCAGAUCUUUUUGGAAGUGGCGGAACUGACCCUGCGACCGUUCUGGUAGUGUGUCUCAAUAAUCUCGUUGGUCGAGUGCUGAUCCCACAGGAGACCCUUGGAGAUAUCAACUUGAUUGAAUUGCUGCAGCAGCCCCGGCAGCUGGCUGUCAAUCCUCCCAAGACUUCGAGAGAAAAACAACUGCCGGAUGCUGCCCGCGAUCAUUGCCACUAUGAUGCCUGGAAACAUGAUCAUGAACGGAGGCGGCAGGCCAAAUCCAAAGUUGGCGCCUGCAGCAAUGAUCCAGAUGAUGCCGCCGAGGAAGGAUCCAAAGCCGAGGCACAUGAUGGCAAAGAGGAAGACGUUGUUCUUGGCAGUAAGGUUUUGCGUCAAGACGUCGAGGCGAUUCUGCAGCUCGUACAGGGAGAGGCGCUGGCCGAUGACCGCGGAGAGCAUGUUGAGGCAGACAGGGGCUCUGGAUCUGCCAGGCGGGUUGGUUCGUGUUGUAGGAGAAGAGAAUGGCUGGCUCGGACAUGGUUCUGGUGCUGGUGGAGACGAGCCGAUGGACUUGGGGAAGCAGGCGGAGACGGGCAGAGACCGGCCAAAGAGGGCUGCCUCCUGGUGGUUGGGAAGAGGGCGAAAUCGACGGCAAGAACAGGGGUGGCGAUGGGGUCACUAUCCCAGAAGCUGGCUGGCAUUCGUGGGACAGAAU